ACAGCUGUUUAAUUUUUGUUUAUAAACGUAUGUAAAAGGUACGCCAUGGAUACUAAAAAGAUAUCUUUUGGCUUCACCAAGGUGUCGAAAAAGCCAAACAUCUUGCCCAGCAAAGUUACAAAAGAAGAAAACAAAGUAGAGCUUAUCAAAUGUCUCGAAGGGAAGGAAAUCAAACUGGUCACAGAAAAACAAGAAGUUGCACCUCUUGUUAUACAAAUGCCUACUAUUCAGAAAACAUCCACAGCGCUGGCAAGUCUAAUGAAACGACGAGCUGUUUUGUUGGGCGAAGAAGACGCCGACCCCGAAGAGUCCACUGCCGAGCCGCAAUCUAUCGCUGAAGUAACUGCUAAUAGCGAGGGUGCCAGCUUGGAGCAACGCGCCGCACGCGAGCUACUUGCAGCCGCGAACGCCAACGGCAACGAUAUCAUAGACAAUGAAAAGCUUGUUUUACCGGCGCUGAAAGCUGAUGAGCUGCCACUGGAUGGCGCCAAAGAAGCAACCUUGGACGACUAUGACUCAAUACCAAUACAACAGUUUGGUUUGGCGAUGCUGCGCGGCAUGGGCUGGGUGGAUCCGCCCCCCAAGAAAAAAGGCGCAGCUCCAGUGGAUGAGGCGCCUUUUUUGAGGCCCAAAGGAAUGGGACUGGGCGCGGACAAAGCUUUGAAACCGAAGGCAUUGCUGGUGCAGCCCGAGAAAAACGAAAUAUUGGAAAUUAAAAAGCAAGCCUACGUGCGCAUCUUGGGUGGCAAGCAAAAAGAUCAGUAUGGACAGAUUGAGGGCUUUGACGAUCAUGCAGGUCGUGUGAUUGUUAAAAUGGCGAUAGGAGGUAACAAGGAGGCAUUUAAUGAGUUUCUAUGCCAGCCCGUCUCUCGCAAGGAAUACUCGCAGUACGGAAAGUGCAUAAAUACAGCGAAAUACGAGGAGUUUAAGAAGCAGGAAAACGAGCACGGCCAAAUUAUUAUCAAGCAGGAAAAGUCAACUGAGAGAACCAAUAUAAAGACAGAGAGUCGAGAUAGAUUGCGUGAGGAUGAGCGUAAAUCGUAUAGAACAAAAGACGAAGAGAGGAAGCCUCAUAAAACAGAGCAUCGCAGUGUCAACCAUGAUGAGCGUCGAAUUGAGAGCAGAGGCUACAAGGACGAACAAAGUACAUCCCAUAAAAGAGAGGAACGAAAACCUUAUAAAGCAGAAGACCGAGGAAAAGAUGAGAGCAGCAGAAGUAGUCGUUACCAUGAACGUGAUCAGGAUGCUCUGAAGAGUAGUAGCACAUCUAAAUCAAGCAGUCGUAGGCGACAGCAAAGCAGUUCGGAUGAAGCCGACGAUACGGACGAAUCAACAGAAAGCGAUUGUGAUUCCGCCUACGAGCGAAAGUCCAAAAAGAAGUCAAAAACUGGAAGCAGCAGCAGUAAAUCCAAGAAAAGAAAGUCAAAGAAAUCAAAAAGUAAAUCACACCGACAUCGGCGUUCUUCAACCACAAGUGAGGAUUUCAAUAGUAGCGCGGACGACAGAGCACGCCGACGUCAUCAAAAAAAGAAAACAAAGAAAAGUAAACAAGAUCGUUCCCGCACGCGUUCUCGGUCCCGUUCUCGUAAUGGGCGUGCCAAGUAGUACAAAGACAGAAAAUCAAAUUACUCAAUUGUUGAUUCAUUUGAAAACUUUAUUUUAUUUAAACAUGUAUCAUCAGAAGACGCAUAGUUUUCAUAUAUAUGCACGAUUAUCAUUAAAUUUCAAUUAACUCA